AUGGUACGUGCCAUUAGGAGUAAUGCGCUCGAGAAGCUUGCGCGCCUGUCCGCGCAGUCGCCGUCUGUAGAGGCUACGCAAUCGGAUUUUGCGAGAUUGUUCAAAAGAUGCUCGGCGUCGAGCUCCAUGAAACUGCAGGAGCUAGAGGCAAUCCUCGCCUUGUGCAAGUCUGCACCAUACAUUGAGUCGAUCGAUGUCGCUGAGAAGCUGCUCUCACGCCUUUCGCCAUACCUCGCCGCAUCGCAUACGCAGACGCUUACACCCUCUCCUAGCCUUCGGACUUUCGAGCCCGCGCCGUACGAAGUUCUUACCUACAAUCUUACCCGUGCCGUCCUCUCGCUCGGCCUUCGACACGAUCAACUACGAACACAAGCUGCCAAUGCACUUGGAAGCUACCUCGCCGGCUGGGUCUCAGCAGCUGCGGAGCUUUCGGAAGAACAAUUCGUCGAUGAUGGAGCCGACGACUAUGCGGCAGAUGGCGAGCUGGCGCGCGUCAUGACACACAGUCUGUCACUGCUGGGCUUCCUGGGUGCCGCUGCUGAGCAUGCCCAUUUCUGGAAUGCCUACGACAGACUCCAGCUUGUUCAGGAUGUGCGAAAAGCCUUGACAGAGAACUUCCUCAUCGCAUUCGAGACCGUGCUGUCCAUUGUGCGUAAUGCGCGCUCUCACCAGCAUGGUCUUCGAGAGUGGAAGCGUUAUACAAAACACUACGCUGCUACUGGGCGACCACUUGGUGCCAUGAUCCUGCACGACUCUUUCCUGAAGGUCGUACUGGCUUCAGCUUCGUUGCUUGUUGGAAGCAGCUCGCAUCUUGCGUCACAAACGUCUGUUCUGGACCACCUCCAGACUACUCUCCACAGAAAGAACCACCAGAUUCUUAGGGAUGCAGCCGAGAACUCGCUGGCUGAAGGAUUGGCCAAGAUUGCAGGAGAGGAGAUGGAACGUCUAGAGAACGACAUGGACUACCUGCAACGAGUGGGGUCGGCUUGGCAGCAGCAACAAGCCUCUUCUGUCAAAGCCAAGGUACUUGUCACGUAUCUCUGCUGUACCAUUUACGAUGACGAUACGGAUAUCACAGAUGCAGAAGUUUUGACCACUUGGCUCGAUAAUGUACUCAAUGACCCUGCACAAAGCGCGGAUCAUGAAUUGGCUUCCACAGUACUGAAGUCUAUGGCCAUCCUCGCUAAAGUCUCACCGCAGCUGGCGUCUAGUCUGGGACGGUCGCUUCCUCGAGUCAUCGUUCAAGCCAAUUUCGAUCAUCGGACAACUUCCGUUGCUGCUGAGUCGCUCGCUGCUGUUCUCAGCCUCCUCCCCCAGGACGCCAUUAUUACAACGCUUUACAGUUUAGGCAACGUUAUCAGCGUUGCUCCCAAGCCCGAUCGAAAUCCAUCUUCGUCUCCCACGUUGAACGGCACUGGGAAGACUGCGCGUUCAGGUGGUGUGUAUAAUAAUCAGAAUGGCAGUACAAUCUCGCUCGCACCGAGUGAUGUUGACGAACCCCACCAUGUACACACCACUGUCGUUGAGACCAUCGUCUCUGUUGCAAGGAAUUGUCAAGAUCCCAAGAUUACGGCUCUGGCGCUGUCGAUGCUCAUCCAGAAAGUUGGUCGCUCUGGCAAGGUUGUGGACGCAAAGAUCAUUACCGAUUCGGCUUUUUUGGGUGUCCAUAGCCCACCUGGGGAGUUCAGAUCUUUGCUCAAGGUCUAUACCAAGCUCUCGCACGACGCAUUGGUCUCUGAUGACGGGGCUAUACUCGAAGCUGUCAUGGCAGCCCGUCUCAACCUCUCCAAGGAGAUAUCUGCAGAUGAGCCUACUUUUGAGAUCUACCUCACACACUUACUAGAUACAAUAGUCAGCAAAGGAGAUGCUCAAGAGACGUCGCAUCGUCAUAUAAGAGAUACGGAGCUUGCUGCUCAAGAGAUUGGGCAGCUGCUGAAGCCUCUUGCGCUUCUGCUUGAAAGAAAUGCGGAACGAGCCGAGUAUUCAGAGCUCGACGACUCCAUUAUUGGGCUCCAGCGCGAUGCCUGGUUCAAUAUUGUCGUUCAUGGCUUCGAUCUUCUCUCUGAUCUCGGGAAACAACACAGGGAAGAAUUGCGCACUCUUGCGCGAUUCAGUAAGCCACUCAUCGCUGAGGAACGACCUUUCCUUUCCGAGAGUGACAUAGAGCUCAACACCGUGUUGCGUCGCGGCAAGUCACCAGAACAUACAGUCGAGCAAAAGAAGCGGCUCGGGAAACUGCUCCCAUCCUGCGAGCCUGAUACCAAGUCUUUGAGUUACCAAGAAGCAGUCUUCUUGAGCACCGCGUACCUGGUCGAAGACCUGCGCGCAAGUACAGGUGAUUGCACUAAAGCACUUGCCUACUUCCUCGAUCCAAAGCUGCGAACUGGUGCAGUGGGUAAUUGUAUGGCUGCCAUCACAACAACCGCUGUUCGAACCUAUCUGGCAAAGACUCUGUCGGGUCAGUCACAUACGUUCUCGACCCCAUACUUGGCGAGGCAACUAGCGACAAUAUUCUCAGCAUGCUGUCAUCGCAUCGCUCGCGUUCAGCAAGCGGCAGCUACUUGUGCAGAUAUCAUCAUCCGUGAAGUACCGUCCACCCUAUGUCAGAAAAGCGCACUCUUCGCCCUGUUGGAACUUCUUUCUAUGAUGUGGUACAGCUGCCUGGAAGGCGAGACUGACGAUUAUACUUGGAAGUCAACGUUUACAUCAAAGCGAUCUAAUAUCGUUGUAGAACUUUCAGACGACUACGCUUUUCGAAGAGCGACUCUCGAUGCGUUACAUAAGCGUGCGACAGUAUGGGUGAAGGGAGCACUUGACAUUGCUCCACUCGACGUGAAAGGACUCCUGCAGUCCUAUCUCUCCGAGUUUGAUGAUGAGAUGACUUUUGGCCACAUCUCGCUAGGGCGAUCUUUCGCCCUGGAGAUGGGAUCUGUUAUUCCGUCAACCGACCAACGUCUUGGUGCCAUUGAACGCCAGGGCAUAAACAUCAACACUGCGUCAGACUUCAUCACACAAUACACGACGAGACAGGAGUACAAGUUCCUUGAGGGUGUGGCUGAUCAAGAAGAAGAAUGGCUCCAGGGCGCACCACCCUCUGGAAGAAAGUCAACCUACCUCUCACGGAGCUUGCACGAGGCGACAAGUCUCCUCGUAGACCUGGAGAAUCGUACCCUCAACCACAAGCAUGUUACGAUUGCUGAGCUUCGUGACAUACUACGGAGAGCAGCCGCGCUUCUGUGUAGGGUCAAAACAGACCAAUCGCCUAUCGUUCAGCAUUUAGUCGGAAUUCCCUUUGCGGUUUUCUCGAAGCAAUCUAUCAAGCUUGGUAUCUCACUGUGGACAAGCGUUGCAAAGGAGAACCCUCGUAUGGAAUCUCGAAUCCUUGUUGCUAUCGCCGAGAAUUGGGAAAAUACAGUACGCAAGCGUCGUGGUAUCUUCAGUCCCGCAUUGAGACACGAAGAUCCCUUCUACGGGAAGCAAGAAUUCGCUGCAACGGACAAAGAAGCGCUCUCGAAACGCCAACAGCAAAUCUACAACCUUAUCGCGCCGCAUUUCCGCCUGUUACAGUUUUUGUCUAGCCACUUUAGCGCUUCACGAUUGAGCAGGGCGGAUGUGGAGCGCGUAUAUGUUCGGUUGAUGCAUAUUACGCUUGAAGCGAUGAGCGCCGGUUGUUCGCAGCCGCUUGCUCGCGAGUCGUACUUCCAUAUCGUUCUGCUCGGACUGCGUAUUGCACGUCAUUGUACUACCUUAUCAGCGACUAUUAGGUGGCGGUUGACCGAUCGCAUACUGACAGCUGCUCUGGCAUGGUUCGCAAAAGCACCGCAAUGGUCUUUUGGAGGCAAUCGACUACAGAUCAAGGCUGAGACGCAUGUCCUUGCAGACGUGCAGGCGCAGCUUGACAUUAUCGGAAAAGUCACAACAGGCGCGGAUGUCGGCGCAAAACUAAAGGCAAAGCAGGAUCUUCUAUCUCUACUGCUCUCGAACGAGCAGACUCGUCUUAUGGUGUGGCUGUUCCCUCUCGAUUAUGGCAAGAAGCAUCAUUUUACUGCCGGACGCCAUAACAACACACUUCCCGAUACUGCUGUGUCCGCUCAUCUGAAGACGGCCUGGGCUGAGAAUCCUGCGAUCGCUGUACAUCUCCUCAAACGCUUCCAAUCUCAGCGUCUCAACACCGAGGUGCGAUGGCAGGUACUGAACUUCCCGCACAAGGUGUUGGAUGAACCAGAUGCUCUUGAGAUCCUCCUGGGCAGUCUUUUGCCAAGUGACGUAUCAUUCCAGCUCAAGUACAUGCUCUACUGGAAGCCCGUAAACCCUAUCACAGCCGUCACGUACUUCCUUCCAGCGUAUGGCAACCAUCCCUUUAUCAUCCAAUAUGCGAUGAGAGCACUAGAGAGCCAUUCUGUGGACGUCAUGUUCUUCUAUGUCUACCAGAUUGUGCAAACGCUUCGAUAUGACGUUCUAGGGUACGUCGAGCGCUACAUCAUCGAGACGGCUAAGUUCUCUCAGUUGUUCGCCCAUCAAAUCAUUUGGAACAUGAAGGCAAACGCGUACAAAGAUGAGGCCUCUGAGGUACCAGAUCCCGUCAAACCGACACUUGACAAGGUGAUGGGCAGUUUGGAAUCCAGUUUCUCCAAGGAAGACCAUGCCUUCUACGAGCGCGAGUUUGCUUUCUUUAAUGAAGUCACGGGUAUCUCUGGUACUCUACGCUCUGUCCUGCACGAACCCAAGGAGGUAAAGAAACAGAAGAUUGAAGAAGAACUUCGCAAGAUCCAAGUGGAGGUCGGUGUCUACCUACCCUCAAACCCUGAUGGUCAAGUCAUUGGUAUCGAUCGUAAAUCUGGCAAGCCGCUACAGAGUCACGCAAAGACACCUUUCAUGGCUACGUUCCGCAUCAGAAAGACCAGGCCUGACGAUCAAGGCCUAGAAGAGCAGGAGGACGAGAAUCGCGAUGUUGCGCAAAAGAAAGACAACAGCUACGAAACAUGGCUCUCUGCGAUUUUCAAGGUCGGAGAUGACUGCCGUCAAGACGUGCUUGCGUUACAGAUGAUCGCCGCCUUCCGAGGCAUUUUCAAUACCGUUGGCCUCGACGUCUGGGUCUUCCCCUACCGUGUUACAGCAACUGCGCCAGGUUGUGGAGUCAUCGACGUCCUUCCCAACUCUAUCUCACGUGACAUGCUCGGUCGAGAGGCCGUUAACCGACUCGACGACUACUUCGUGUCACGCUACGGCAACGAGGACUCGAUUCGCUACCAGGAGGCACGCUCCAACUUUGUCAAGUCAAUGGCUGCCUAUUCAGUCAUCAGUUUCCUCCUACAGUUCAAAGAUCGCCACAACGGCAAUAUCAUGAUCGACGACGCUGGUCACAUUAUCCACAUCGAUUUCGGUUUCUGCUUCGAUAUCGCACCCGGCGGUAUCAAAUUUGAACGUGCACCGUUCAAACUCACAGCCGAAAUGAUCGCUGUCAUGUCUGGCAAGAACUCCGCAAACCCAUAUCAAUCGCAAGCGUACCGCUGGUUCGAAGAACUUACUGUCAAAGCUUUCCUCGCUAGCAGACAGCACUGUGAACAUCUUUGUCACGUCGUACAGGUCAUGUUGGACAGUGGACUGCCCUGCUUUAAACCCGAGAGUAUGAAGAAUUUCCGUGAUCGAUUUGUAUUGGACAAGAGUGAGAGGGAGGCGGCGGAUUAUAUGAGAGGCCUGAUUGAGAAGAGUAGGGGAAGCUAUUCGACAGGAACAUAUGAUCGAUUCCAACUUAUUACUAAUGGAAUUCCUUAUUAA